UGAGUAGUGGAUCUUAGAGAGUCAGACAGUAGGUUAGUGUGUUCGGGUAGGUCUAAGUGGUGAGGAGUGGGACAUUGUCGUGCACCUAGCACCACGAUGGACGACUAUCCGAUGUAUGGGUUGCUCGUUGGGUUCUCCCUUUGGGGGACCCUCUGGCGUCUCCUCUUUCCUCUGGGGUUCUGGCACACCUUCACGUGUAGAGUAGAUACCCGGGGUGGUGCCUCCACCAAGCCAUACACGAAGGAGGAGGAGGAGAAGAUGGCCGCCAUCUUGCAGGAGAGGAAGGACAAGAAGGAGGCCAAGAAGAAGGCCUUGAAGGAGGAGCAGGCGGCGAAAUUGAAGAAGAUAGAAGAAGAGAUGGCCAGAGAGAAGGAGAGGAUACAGAAAGAAGAGGACGCAAAGUUGAAAGAGGUGGAAGAGGAGGAAGAAGAUGAAACGUCGUUGCAGAGGAAGAAGGGGCAAUACAGUGGCAGUAGGGAUGAGGAGAUGGAGAAGCAGAUCUCAGAGUGGGUCGCCAACUUAUCCCUGGGCGAAGAAGAAGAAGUGGCGAUGUAUAUCUCUAAGGACGAUCAGGAAGCCGCUAUGAGAGCUUGGGAAGCAGAAAAAGAUGUUGUAAAGCGGCAUGCAAUGGAAGAUGAGAAGAGAAUGGAAUGGAGGUUGGCAGUGAUGAGGGAGAAGAAGAGGAGAGUGGACGCGGCAGCGGAGGCGGCAGAAGAAUUAGAGGAGCUCACAGGCGUGGCAGAAGAAUUGACGGAGAGGAUGCCUGCCUGGGCCAAGAUGAAGAAGGAGAAUAAAGGGCAGUUGAUCUUACUAGAUACAAAGAUUUUUAGAGGUAGAGUCGAGGCCCUAGUCGACUCAGGGGCCACCCGCAGCUAUAUUAGUAAGAAAGCGCUGCAGAAGUUGAGGCUGGGACUUAAAGUCCAGAAAUUGACAGACCCCAUAGUAAGUAUCCUCGCAGACAAUCGUACCAUGGUUGUAGAGGAUUACGUAGAGGGAGUCCAGGCGUAUUUCCGCCUAGAGAARGAUGGGAAAGUGGAGAAGGUCCUCCACUCCCUGUCUCUUCUCGUAGAAGACAACCUCCCAUUUGAUAUUGUUCUGGGAAUGGAUUGGGGAGAGGCAGCCGGGGCCACGCUCCAUUUGAAGGAGCACGAGUGUAGGCUCCCUUGUUCUUCAGGCGAGGCUAAGACUGCCCGCCUGUUUCACGUGUCAGGAGUAGAGAAUCCACUGGCACAUUGCUGCCUUAGUGUGCCUGCAUUCGCCAGAUUAGUAAAGAAGGAGAAACUGGAGGAACAGGUUUUUGUCGCCUAUGUUAGGCCGGUGACUGAGCCUACGGAAGAAAAGCCGAUGGACCCUGCGAUUGCCAAGUUGCUGGAAGAGUUCAAGGAUCUAACUGAGCCGCCAAUAGGAGUAGUACCGCGGCCCAUCCAGCACCGCAUUGAGAUAGAGCCUGGCAGUAGAACUCCUAAGGGUGUUGUGUAUAGGAUGUCCCCACGCGAGUUAGAGGAGCUUCGCAAACAAUUAGACGAGCUCUGCGAGAAGGGUUGGAUUAGGCCCAGUUCGUCUCCUUUUUGUUCCUAAGAAAGAGGGAGAGCUGAGGAUGUGCAUAGACUAUAGGGGUCUGAAUGCUAUUACAGUAAAGAAUGCUGAGCCAC